AUCCCAUCCAUCCUUCUCCCGAAACAACGUGUAUUUUGUUCAUAUAUUUAUAAUAUACAGCUUUCGGGACUUCUACACAAUUAUCCAUCCAAACACCGAAUUCUCAAUUUCUCCCUGUUAGUGAGUGUUCACUGAAAAUCAUGGCGGUGGCCGAUUUCAGUGGUGGUGGUAGUUGGAGAGAGAUGGGAAGCUUUACCCUCCACGUCGUUACCGGUCGGUGGUUCAUGAUCUUUGCUUCGCUGCUGAUCAUGUCCGCCGCCGGUGCAACCUACAUGUUCGGUCUCUACUCCAGCGACAUCAAAUCAUCACUGGGUUACGACCAAACCACCCUGAAUCUCCUAAGCUUCUUCAAAGACUUGGGUGGCAACGUCGGAAUCAUAUCGGGACUCAUAAACGAGGUCACACCCCCAUGGGUGGUUCUCUCCAUGGGUGCCGCCAUGAACUUCUUCGGCUACUUCAUGAUAUGGCUCGCCGUGACCGGAAAAAUCUCCAAACCCCAUGUUUGGCAGAUGUGUUUAUAUAUAUGUAUCGGUGCAAAUUCUCAAACAUUUGCAAAUACGGGGGCUUUAGUCACCUGUGUUAAGAACUUCCCGGAGAGUAGAGGCAUUGUUUUAGGACUCUUGAAGGGUUUUGUUGGCCUCAGUGGUGCUAUAAUCACACAGAUAUACCAUGCUUUAUAUGGACACAAUUCUAAGUCUCUGAUCUUACUCAUUGGUUGGCUUCCGGCGGCGAUUUCGUUCAUUUUUCUGAGAAUAAUUCGUAUCAUGAAGGUUGUUCGACAAGUGAAUGAGGUCCAGGUCUUCUAUAAUCUUCUCUAUAUCUCUCUUGGUCUUGCUGGUUUUCUUAUGGUCAUCAUUAUCUUACAAAAUAGGCUCACCUUUAAUUGGAUUGAGUACGCCGGAAGUGCUACAGUUGUAGUUAUUCUCCUAUUUGCUCCGGUGGCUGUUGUUAUCAGAGAAGAGUUCAGCCUUUGGAAAGUAAAAAAACAAGUGGUGGAUGAUCCUUCUCCAUUGAAAGUAGUGACUGAAAAUAUACCGGCAAUUGAAUUAGCACCGCCGCGAACACAUUCAGAGCCACCUCCGCCGGCUUCCGGGUCUCCAAUAAAUCGAGAAGAGCCGGUUUCAUGCAUGACCAACGUGUUCAAUCCGCCGGAAAGAGGUGAGGAUUAUACCAUUUUGCAAGCACUUUUUAGCGUCGACAUGUUGAUUCUGUUCGCCGCAACAACUUUUGGCGUGGGCGGGACAUUGACGGCAAUUGAUAAUUUGGGUCAGAUUGGUAAGUCUUUAGGGUAUCCAAAUGCAAGCACAAGCACAUUUAUAUCCCUGGUGAGCAUAUGGAAUUAUCUCGGCCGAGUAGUAUCCGGCUUCGGUUCUGAAAUCUUCUUGGCAAAGUACAAACUCCCACGUCCCCUAAUGCUAACAUUUGUGCUUCUUUUCUCAUGUGUUGGGCAUCUUCUUAUAGCCUUUGGCAUACCCAAUUCUCUCUAUGUCUCUUCUGUGAUUAUGGGGUUCUGUUUUGGAGCUCAAUGGCCAUUAAUUUUCGCAAUCAUUUCAGAAUUAUUUGGCCUUAAAUACUACUCCACAUUGUACAACUUUGGUGCCGGAGCAAGCCCUGUUGGGGCUUAUCUUCUCAAUGUUAGAGUGGCUGGUCAUCUCUAUGACAAAGAGGCUUUAAAGCAAAAGGCGGCGAAGGGGCUUCACCGGAAAGCCGGAGAGGACUUGACGUGCAUCGGAGUUGAGUGUUACAAACUGGCUUUUCUGAUAAUCACGGGGGCUACACUGGCCGGGUGUAUGGUUUCGUUUAUUUUGGUUCUUAGGACUAGAAAAUUUUACGAAGGGGAUAUAUACAAGAAGUUUAGAGAGCAGGCCAAGGCGGAAGACACCAUCACCACCACCGCUGCUGCCCCCUCCACCACCACAAACAACGAGCUUUAGUGAAUGGAUGGGUGCAAACAAUGGAUAUUGAAUUCCUUCAAAAUCCUCUUGUUAAUGAGUCAUAUGAUAAUGGUGAAAAUUUUAUGUUAUUUCUAUAGUUACUAGACUACUAGGAAGUGUGGUGAUGCAAAUAAUUAGAAAUUAGAUUGAAAUUAGUUUUUAUUUUUCAGCUCUAGCUAAAGGACUUUGUUUAUCCUAUUAAUGCAAAUAUUUUAAGCAAAAUUUUGUGGUUAAUUUUCAGUUUGUCUGAAUUUAAUCAUGUCAAGUAAGGUCAUUGAAUCAUGACUCUACCAGAAAAUUUUGUGGUUCAAGA